AUGCAAGAGCGACACACACAAAGGGGAAGGGUAGCUGUCAAAGCGAUCGCCUAUGCAAGCACGCUCCCGAACGGGAAAGAGCGGGAGACUAGCCUAGAUGAGGAACUAAAUGCUGUUCGAUAUGCAGGGAGGUCGUUCGACGACGCAACGGCAGCGGAAAACAAUCAUGGUCGGCGACCAUACACCGAGCUGCGAAGGGGGAUUAGUUUGGAGUACAGAAGGAAUCGAACCCUCCAGGAUCCGCUGAAUGCCCGAGCAAAGGCGGCCCGUGCCAUCAAUCAAGAGAUGAGGGCGGGACCCUCCUCCACUCUCUCCGCCGCCAAGCCCGAGGCCCGGGCCACCAGCUUCCGAGUUUCCGGUCCCCCCAUUGGACAGAGAGCCGUCCAGGGUGCCAAAGAUCGGGCUCCGACAGGCCCUGCCUAG